AUGUAUUUUCCAUUUAUAAACAUUGAUUGUAGUUAUGCAAUUUUAUCUAUAUAAGAUUCUAAAAAGAUUUAAUUUUUAUAGUCCUAUCUUAUAUUUACAAAAUAAAAAAACAAACUUUUAGAAAUGAGCGCAUAAAAUGAUGAUAGUAUAAAUCUAUAAGUAAAUCAAUAAUAAAAUAAUCAAGCAAGCAGUUAAAUUAAAGAAGUAGAAAAUGGGAUAAUUAAUUAGGGCUUUGCUUAAGAGAAUUAAGUGUUUGAACAAGUGCAAAUUCCAUCAAAUGCAAGAUUAUAAAAAUUAAAGAAAGAAAUAAAUUGGCCUCACUCCUAUUCGAAUUAAAUUCUAAAAAUAGAUUUGAAAAAGAAGUUAAUGGUGAUGCAAUCAAAAGUUUCUGCAAAUUUGAGCAUGUAUGAGCAAUAUAAAAAUGGUUAAAUUCAAUCUAACUUAUAUGGAAAUAUUGGUUUAACAGCAAGUUUGUGGAAAUUUGAAGCAGAUAUAACAAACUUUACUAAAAAUUGUUUAAGAGCAAAAUAUACAUAAAAAGAUAUUGUAUCAAGUCAGUAUUUUAAGAUUAAAAAAUUUUCUUUCAACUUUUAGCUGAAAAAUUUAAAUGAAAUUAAGAUGAAACCAUCUAUUGAGUUUAGCUAAAAUAAUAUUGAUUUCAGAUUAGAAGGUACAAUUUAGUAAAAAGAUUCUAAAUAAAAAACUGCCUUGCAUGAAUUUUCUGCAGACAUAACUCAUGUUAUAAAUCCUUUUGAUUAACUAUAUUUUGAAACUGUGUUUGGAAAGAGGAACAAUAAAAAUGUAGACUUGCAGUUUAAUACUUAUUAUUUAAAAAAUAGCCACAUUUUAAAUUCUAGGCAAUCUUUUGUAUUGUAAGAAAAAUCUAUUAAAUUUAAAGAGCUAUCAUUUAAGUAUUAAAAUGAAGAUGUCUUUGAGUUAUGCAGUGGAUAUAAUCAUUUAGAAAAUACUAUUUGGUAUUCGAGCAUCCAAAGAUUUAAAAAUUAUGACAUUGGUUUGAAUAUAUAAAAGUAAAAUAGGCAAUGCAAAGCAAAAAAAGAAUCAAGUGCUAACGAAGACGACUAUUCUUUUUAUUAAACAAAUGGAACUUCUAUAAAUUUCAUGUGUAAGUUCAAAAAACUGUAAUUUGCUCCAAAUCUAACUGCUUAGUUUCACCUUGAAAAUUUCAAUUACUUUUCAUUAUAAUGUAAGUACAAGCUAAGCAAUAAAAAUAUGCUUGAAACAGUAUUUAAGCUUCCUUUGUUAAGUGAGGGUAACCAUAGCAAAUUUAAUGGAGAUAAUAAUUCCAGAAUGCUUCCAUUUUUCUUAACUUUAAAGUUAUCAGAAUGA